AGCACUUUUGUUAUACUAAAGUUUUUCUCGGGAAUGUCUACUAAAAAGCAGCAACGAUCUCCCACUGACAUGGUCAACGCCCGGACUAAAAAUAAAGCUCUCAAAGAUCAGCUCGCGAAUCUCAAUCGUAUGGCCAAGUCUGAUUCAAAACAGUUGGCCGAUCUAACCAAGGAAGUUGAAGAACUUCGCAACGCCGUGAAGGGGUUGAUGAAGUUGAGCAAACGUGAGGGAAAGAAGCCUACUAAAAUGGAGUUGGAUAUGCUCAUCCCUGAGCGAGUUCGAGAGGAGGUUAUUGAUGCGGCUUAUGCCCCCACUCGUGAGGAGCAGACGAACAAUGGGAAUCACAGAGUUCACCUUUCUAGUGAGAGGGGCGCCCGUUCUCGGCAAACGAUUAGGCGUAGUAAUAAUAAGCCUCAAACUGUCGCUGAGAAGCAGUUGAAGAGCAUGCUGGGUAUGGCCGCGCCGAAGGAGCAAGAAAAAAAGAAGGAAGUCGUCGCUGAUAAUGACCUAGCUCAAUCAAUUCGAGAGAAGCUUCGACGGGCGAGUACCAAGGAGGAAGUCCGAGCUGCUACUAACAUGGCUCGAGCCCUGGGUUUGACUUAUGAGGCGGGUCUUGGUGAUCGAAAGU